AUGAUGAACCAAUCUUUAAUUAAAAUCAUUCAAUGUACACAGAAGGUUUUAAUACCAUUAAGUGUUGUAAUAUUAUUUAUUUAUUUGAAUCGUGUGCAACCAUAUUAUUUCAUUGAUGAGGUUUUUCAUAUACCUCAAACAUUACAAUAUUGUGCUGGCAAUUUUACACAGUGGGAUCCUAAAAUUACUACUUUACCUGGGUUGUACUUAAUUACAACUCUAAUACUGUCACCCUUAAAGCUUUGUAAUAUUUUUUAUAUGAGAUGCAUAAAUUUACUUGGAACAUUUCUGAAUCUCUAUCUUGCUAACAGUAUAAUUAAACAAAUUUCAAUAACUCAUUGGAAGCAAAGAUGGAAUGAUUGGAUGAAACUUACCAUGGCUUACAAUAUUAUGUUCUUUCCACCUUUAUUUUUUUGGCAUUUUUUAUAUUAUACAGAUGUUGUAUCAGUUAAUACAAUACUGUUAAUGUUAUUAUUACAUUUGUAUAAACAAUUUGCUAUGGCAGCUAUUAUAGGUCUUUUAUCUGUGCUAAUUCGACAAACAAAUAUUAUUUGGGUUGCAUUUAUUACUGUGGAACAUUUAUUAGAUUUGUUAGAUCAUAAAAUAAAUAAAGUAAUUUCACAUGAACAGUACAGUUCAGUAACUUAUCUAAGACUACUAUGGAAAAAGGUAAUAGAAGAAACAUGUCAUGGAUGGAAAUUAUUUAUAAAGUUUAUCACUCAACUAUGUAUACAGAUGCUCCCAUAUAUUACAGUAUGCUUAUUGUUUGUUACUUUUGUUAUAUGGAACAAAGGGAUUGUAAUUGGAGAUAAGUCAGCUCAUGUUCCUACUAUUCAUAUUCCUCAGUUGUUAUAUUUUUCUACUUUUCUGUUUUGUUUCUCAUGGCCAUAUAUGAUUAUUUAUUGGAAAGACUAUUUUAAAUUUAUUAGUAAACACUGGAUAUUUGCAAGUUGUGUGUUAAUACUUUUAACUAUAAUUGUUCAUUUCAAUACUUUUGUUCAUCCAUAUGUGUUAGCUGAUAAUAGACAUUAUGUAUUUUAUUUUUGGAACAAAUUUAUGGGAAGAUAUAAACAAUUUAAAUAUUUUCUGAUACCAGUAUACUCAUUUACCUUGUAUACUAUGUUUCAUGGACUGAAACAUUUAAGAUUUAUGACACAAAUUAAUUUCAUUCUUAUGUUUUGUACAGUACUCAUUCCCCAGUUAUUAUUAGAACCACGUUACUUUAUCAUUCCAUACAUAUUUUAUCGUUUUUUGAUUAAGAAACCAAAAAAAUGGCAAAUUAUUGCAGAGUCUAUAACUUCAUUGAUAAUAAAUUUUUUGCAAUUUUAUAUUUUUGUAAAUAAGGUUUUUUAUUGGAAUGAUCAGCCUUAUCCUCAAAGAAUUUCAUGGUGA